UCACAGUCAAACAAUUUAGCGGAAACAUUGACCUUGGUCUACACUCCCUCCAGCACUGACCAUAGCCUUGAUCAAACAUACUGAGAAAACAGUCAGAUACCUAUACAAUAUACGUAUGCAAGGUUCGAUAUACGUUCAGAAUCCUAUGGACAUCUAUUGUGGACUGUCAGAAGGGGAUGUAAAUAAGCCGAUGACUUUUGUACAUCAAAUUUUCAAGAAUCUACGGCCUGCCAGAGUUUUAAAUUGCAACCCUAAGAUCAUUCUUGUGCAAGAUGAAAAAUUUAACUGAUUUGGACACACAACAGUUUUGGGCGGAAGUGGAACAUGAGGAGAUCAUCAAGAGAAUCCCAGUCGCAGUUGUUGUCGGUUUAUUCUCCGUAGUAGGAAUUAUGGGAAAUUUUCACAUCCUGAUUGUUUUCUCUCGAAACCUCAACAACUUUUCGACCUAUCACGUCAUGGUUUCAGCUCUUGCAGUUUCGGACUUGUUCGUCUGUGCGACGUAUCUUCCCGUGGAAAUAACAAUGGUGAUGAAACCCUUCUCCUUCGAUUAUGACCUAACAUGCCGCCUGGCUCUUCUCAACAGCUAUGUUUGGGGAAUAUGGUCGGCUUUCCUAACAGUUCUGAUAGCCGUAGAGAGAUAUCGACGAAUUUGUUAUCCUGUUCGGGAGCAGAUUUCAUGUUCUACAGCUCGGAAAUUCUGUUUGGUUCUGUUUUUGAUAGCCACGUUUAAUGCUGCCCCGAUCGGUUACAUUGCGGGAACGCACACAGUUGCACUCUCAAACGACACUAAUGGUUACGAGUGUUUCGUUAGUGACGAUCUAAAAGAAUCUUAUAUACCAACCGGCUACUUCUUUUUCCUUCUUUUCGAGGUUCUUGUCUUAGGGUUCGCUAUUGUGUUACUGUAUCUCCCCAUUAGAAGAGCUAUUCAACGGAGUAACACUUUACGAAAACACCACGCGAAAAUCAGCGAAAGUGAAACCACACAGGUGUCAUCGGGAAAGACCGAGGAAUCCAUAAGCAGAUUGUCGAAAUCCCUCAAAUAUACCGAAAAUUAUGACAUUCCUCAAAUAAUCAUCGAAGAUGCCGACAAGGCAGACAUAAACCAUUCAUCCGAUUUUCAAAAUAUCACGAAAAUGGCGGCAAACGAAUCGACAAAAGAAUCAAACUCUGCCCAAUCAGAGGACAAGGGUCCAAACACCCUGAAGAUCUCGCUGAGCGUUUCGUCUGUUUGCAGCCUAGAUUACAGCAAACCGCAGGCAACACGGUCCCUGUCCUCUAAGUCUCUGUGUUCAACAAGAAGGUUUGUGAUCAACAAUGCUGUUACAAAGGUCACCAUUGGCCUGUUUCUCAUCAGCAUCAUAUUCUUUGUGACCCUCAUCACGUUCCUUGUUUUGACGCUCCUCCGGAUCCUGGCGGAAGAGACACUGAGUGGGAUGUCCGUAACAGAGGCCUAUAUAUUCCUGUUUGGUUUUGAACUCGGAUAUCUUAACCAUGUUGUUAACUGUUUUAUAUAUUUCUACAGUGACCGUCGCUUCAGGAAAGAGGUACAGACAAUGUAUUCCUGUCGUCCACGAAAAUGAUAUAAGUGGUAUUACUAAAGACAUGACUGUUUACCAUCCUUCAAGUAUUCAUAAACUGUAUAUAUUUCAUUCAUGAAAUAAGAUAUGCAUGCAAAAGUAAUUAGAUGUAUUAGAUAGUGUUAUAUUUUAACUGUUGUAUAAAAACAACAAGUAAAUCAUGACAAAACUAGCACUUAGCUAGUAACUAACAAAACACAUCUAGCAUCAUGUUAAAGCAUAGUUGCAAUAUCAGAACAAACACCUAAAGAGUAAAAGAAAUACGCACCCGGCGGCGCAGUGGA